CUUCACAUUAAGUAAAGCAUAAAAGAAAAGUGUCUGAAUAAAGCUGCUUGGCCAAGAGGUUAAGCACAACACAAAUUUAAAGACCAUAAGACAAUCAUCCUAUCAUCUCCAUACUUCAUCUUUACCCCUUUUUCUUCCACCGGAGACAGCUCUCUCUGUAAUUCACAUGGCCGCCGGCCAUCUGAGGAAGCUGAUCGUCGAAGUCGUGGAUGCUCGCAGUCUCUUGCCCAAAGACAAACAUGGAACCUCGAGUCCUUACGCGGUGGUCAGCUACUAUGGCCAGCGGAAGCAAACAGCGACCGCGGUCCGGGACUUGAACCCGACAUGGAAUGAGGUUCUUGAAUUCAAUGUUGGGCCGCCGUCGAGCGUGUUUGGGGAUGUUUUGGAGCUUGAUGUGAUCCAUGAUCGGAGCUACGGACCGACGCUUAGGAGCUACUUUAUGGGGCGGAUUAGGCUGAGUUCCAUGCAAUUUGUGAAGAAAGGGGAGGAAGCUUUGAUUUAUUUUCAUUUGGAGAAAAAAAGCCUCUUUAGUUGGGUUCAAGGAGAGAUUGGUUUGAGGAUUUAUUACUCAGAUGGGAUUGCGCAGCCGCCUUCUCCUCCGCCGCCGCCGGUUGAGGAAGGCGGCGCUGUUAAUUCUGUCGAGGAGUCACUACCGGCGAUAAGAUCAGAGGCAGAGUCAAACCAAUCCCCUGCUUUGAAACAACAAGAUGGCGGGGAACCCAUCGGCGAAACUCCGACCAGUAAUGGCAGAGAAGCUUCAGCAGCAGAAAUUCCGGCCAUUGAUGCCACUGCAGCUUCGGUAGCUGAAACUCCGGCCGUUGAUGAGACUGCAGCAGAAGAAAUUCCGGCCAGUAAUGGCAGAGAAGAUUCGGCAGCAGAAACUCCGACCGGUGAUGGCAUUGCAGCUUCUGUAGCUGAAAGUCCGGCCGGUGAUGGUACUGCAGCUUUGGCAGCUGAAACUCCGGCCGGUGAUGGUACUGCAGCUUCGGCAGCAGAAACUCCGGCCGGUGAUGAUGCUGCAGCUUUGGCAGCUGAAUCUCCGACCGUUGAGAGUACUACUCCGGUAGAAACUGCAGCUUCUGCUGCUAAAACGCCGCCGUUUGAAUCCCACCCACCACCGCCGGUAAAGUCACCGGGAGAUGAUCAAAUUCAAACGAUACCACCGGCGUUUGCGCCAAAGCCAAUCAAAAGACCGGCGGCAGUAUCAAGUUACACACUGAAGUCAGAAGAAGGUCAAACAAUCGAACGGUCCACAUUCGAUCUCGUUGAGAAGAUGUACUACCUCUUUGUGCGAGUAGUAAAAGCACGCGCACUUGCCACUAGCAACCGUCCGAUCGUUAAAAUCGAAGCAUUCGGUGAACGCAUCACAUCAGAGCCAGCCAAAAAUAGCCACGUGUUCGAGUGGGAUCAGACUUUUGCAUUUAGCCGCAAAGCAGCAGAUUCCGCCUCCAUAAUGGAAAUUUCUGUCUGGGACACAGAAAACGGUGUCGUAUCAUCACCAUCCGACGUGGACAAAGGCAAUUUCUUAGGUGGCUUGUGUUUCGAGGUGUCAGAUAUUCUCCUGCGGGACCAACCCCACAUUCCCCUGGCCCCACAAUGGUACAGAUUAGAAACGGAAAUAAACGACGUCGCUUUUGGCGGGUAUUUAAUGUUGGCCACGUGGAUAGGUACGCAAGCGGAUGACGCGUUUAACGAGGCAGUGAAGACAGACGCCGCUGGGAAGUUCAACUCUAGAGCAAAAAUUUACCAAUCGCCGAAGCUUUGGUAUCUACGCGCCACCGUCAUCGAAGCCCAAGACGUCGUUCCGAUCACCGCCGUGAAAGAAGCUUCGUUUCAAGUCAGAGCCCAACUGGGUUUUCAAGUUUCGGUAACCAGACCCGCCGUGACUCAAAACGGAGCUCCGUCGUGGAACGAGGAUUUACUCUUUGUCGCCGCCGAGCCGAUGACCGACCACUUGGUCUUCACCCUUGAGAGUCGCCGUAGCUCGAAAUAUCCAGCUGCCGUGGGGUUCGUUAGAAUCCCACUCACCGAAAUCGAGCGGCGCGUGGAUGAUCGGAUAGUGACGGCGCGGUGGUGCACACUUGCUGGUCUGGUGGAAGAGAAGGAAUCGUCGUACAAGGGAAGGAUUCAUCUGAGGUUAUGUUUUGACGGUGGGUAUCACGUGAUGGAUGAGGCGGCGCACGUGAGCAGUGACUAUCGCCCGACAGCUAGGCAGCUGUGGAAGCCGUCGGUGGGUUUGAUCGAGAUCGGUGUGAUUGGGUGUAAGAAUUUGGUCCCGAUGAAGUCGACGGCGGCUGGAAAAGGCUCCACCGACGCGUACUGUGUAGCCAAGUACGGAUCGAAGUGGGUCCGAACCCGGACGGUUUGCAACAGUUUUGACCCGAAAUGGAACGAGCAGUACACGUGGCAGGUUUACGACCCAUGUACGGUUUUGACCAUCGGAGUUUUCGACAGCACAGAGGAACCCAAAACCGACGGUUCAACCGAACCGGAUCGGCCCGAUUCACUAAUCGGCCAAGUCCGAAUCCGAAUCUCUACACUGAAAACCGGAAAGGUGUACAGAAAUUUCUACCCUCUCUUACUUCUCUCCGCCGCCGGCUCCAAGAAAAUGGGCGAACUGGAAAUCGCCGUUAGAUUUGUCCGAACGGCGCCGCAGUUCGAUUUCAUCCACGUGUAUUCGCAGCCACUGCUGCCGUUGAUGCACCACGUGAAGCCCCUCGGAAUCCGGCAACAGGAACAGCUCCGGAUCGCGGCGGUGGAGACGGUUGUCGGCCAUCUCUCGAGAUCGGAGCCGCCACUCCGGCGAGAGAUCAUUCUAUUCAUGCUCGACCCCGAAUCGCACGGCUUUAGCAUGCGGAAAGUCCGAGCAAAUUGGUACAGAAUCAUCAACGUAGCCAACACGGUGAUCGCCGCCGUGAAAUGGGUCGACGACACCCGAUCGUGGCAGAAUCCGGCUUCCACGAUUCUCGUCCACGUGCUUCUGAUGAUUCUAAUCUGGUUUCCCGAUCUCAUCAUUCCGACAGUUUCAUUCUACGCGUUCUUCACUAGCGCGUGGAACUACAAAUUCCGGUCACGGGAUCUUUUCCCGCAUUUUGAUUCGAAGCUAUCGAUGGCCGACACCGUCGAAAUGGACGAACUGGAUGAGGAGUUCGACGGCAUGCCGAGCACGAGGUUGCCGGAAGUUGUACGGAAGAGGUAUGAUAAGUUGAGAGCAAUUGGGGCGCGUGUGCAGCACUUAUUGGGGGAUUUGGCGACUCAAGCCGAGCGCGUGCAGGCAUUGGUGACAUGGCAAGAUCCACGCGCCACCGGGAUUUUCACAGCAAUAUGCUUUGCAGUGGCGGUGGUCCUGUAUGUGGUGCCAUUGAGAAUGGUGGCGGUGGCGUGUGGGUUUUAUUACCUCCGGCACCCAGUUUUUCGAGUCCGGUUGCCGUCUUCGGCUGUCAACUUCUUUAAAAGGAUUCCGUGUUUAUCGGACCGAUUAAUGUAGGCUGUGGGAUUUGGAGUAUUGAAAUUAAUAGUUAAUAUUAUUAAAUAUAA